UUUCGCCCGACAAUGUUUCGACAGUGGAGUCAAAAGACGGAAAACUGCAGCAGGUUGUGGAUAGUUUUAGUUUAAAAGUGUGUACGAUAAAAAAAUGUCUCCGAUCAAAGGAACACUUUCUCAUAUACAGAAUAACAAUCAGUAUACGUUUAGUAGUUCGAUCAAAGAUUCAUCGAAUUCUGCGAAAGAUAUUCAACCGAAUCUCACUGUUUAUCAAGACGAAAAAAGAGACAAAUAUGAAUUAGCUGCUUAUGGUUACGGUAAGAAUAAUGUCAAGUUGUUGUAUGUGCGUCGAAACGAUGAAUUACAUCACGAAAUUCGCGAAUACGAGGUAGACACGCACUUGCGUCUGGUUUCUCAGAAGGAUUACAUGGAGGGUGACAACCACGACAUCAUCGCCACAGACAGUCAGAAGAACACAGUCUAUCUUAUGGCAAAAAAACACGGUAUUCAAUCGCCUGAGGAAUUCGCUCUCCUGCUUUGCUCUCACUUUCUCUACACAUAUAAACAUGUAGCGGAAGUCAGCAUCAACGUCGAGGAGUAUCCGUGGACCAGACAUUACGUUGACAAAGUACCUCACAAUCACGCCUUCGUCAUGAGCCCCAUCGCGACCCGAUACUGCCAAGUCAGCCAGCUUAGAAAUGAAUCUCCACAAAUUCGCGGUGGACUGAAGGGACUGCGACUGUUGAAGACCACACAGAGUUCAUUCACGGAUUUCAUUCAGGACGAGUAUAGGACGUUACCGGACAUGAACGAUCGUAUUUUCAGUACUAUCGUAAUGGCUACCUGGGACUUUUCCACCGCGACUGGGGUGGAUUUCGAUAAUGUAUGGUACACGGUAAAGGAUUGUAUUAUGGAGAAUUUUGCGGGUCCUCCUGAGACAGGAAUUUAUUCGCCCAGUGUGCAAAAUACGCUUUAUCUCACGGAAAAGAGUAUACUUGACAAAGUUAAACAAAUUAGUAGCGUCGAGAUGCAAAUGCCGAACAAGCAUUACUUCGAUUUAGAUUUCAGCAAAUUCUCCAAACUUGUACAAGCGGAAAACAAAGAAGUUUACUUACCAGUGGAUAAACCAUCGGGUAUUAUUUACGCUCGAUUAAGCAGAAAAAGUUUUUCUGCUAGAUUAUAGACACGUAUAAUAUAAACUUUAAGUUCUAUAAGUAACAGAUACGAAUUAACGAAUAUUUAUGUAAUACACUGUCUCUGAACCUCUCAAGAGUAAAUUGUAGGUAUUGCUGCUUAUUACCUUUAUUUCGUAUUAUCUGGCUUUUAGAAAAGAUGAAAUACAAUACACUUUUUAGAGACAUACUUUUGAGAGGUUCCAGUGUAAUAUUUAAAAAUUAAAAAUUCCAAAGAAUUUUUCUCAAUUACGUAUCUUAAAGUUUAUUCUUUUUAGACGAACUGCACUAGUUCAGAGUUUAUCUCUUUUAUUCUAUAUUGGAUGGAAAAAGAUAAACUCUGAACUAUAGUGCAGCCAGCUAAAAAAUAAAAACAGAUCUUAUGAGAUAUCGAUCGACAAAAAACGCUCAAAUUACGAGAGAACAUUUUUAUUCGAAACAGAAUUAUCUUCGGGACGGAUUGUGAGAAAAAUUUUACGUUAAAAAUUUAAAUAAAAAUAAAAAUUGUCAUAGACAUAGACGAAUAUGUUCCCGUUGGCUGUAGAUUUAUACGAUGUACCUCCGGCAUGGUGGGAAACGGAUUGCGUGAAAUAUGGGUAGGUUUCUUCAUCGGUUUUCGAGUAACCUCAAUUAAUCGAAGCGGCUUAUCAACGCAGGCUCAGUUAUACCCCUGUAAGAUCACGAUUAACGACGCUGAUGGGAAGUUAUGUGGUGCGAUUAACGGAUCGUAAAUACAUGAUGCAACUGGCGUCGAAGCUGCAAGAAGAUUACGAAACGCAACAAAAGAUUCGCAUCGAACGAAGAAAAUUGAAGGUCAUUUCGAUCAUACCGAAACUGCGUGAAUUACCGCCUGAAUUAUUGCUGAAAAAGAUAACCCGGCGACAUCAAUGCGCGCCAAAGUAUCACGCUGAGGCGGUUAAAAAGUGUAAACAGCUUCCAGGACUUUUACUCGGGGAUGAUUCGCAAUCGCCAUAAAUCCUAAGCAUAUAAUAAUUUACUUUUAUUUUUAACUCUUAUGAUUGACAUGUAAUCUACUACAAAUAUGUAAAAAUACAAAAAGCGCAGAUACUCUACGAGAUAUCUACACUUAUAAUAAAUAAGAGGUCAUUAUAAGAUUUAUACACAUCAGAUAAGCGUUUAGAUUAAUUAAUUAAUCUAAAGUUAAAGAAACUUUGUCGUGGCGUUCAAUAUCGAUUUGAAUCGUUAGCGGAAAUGUAUUUCGUGGCUAUUCUAAGUCAUCGCUUUUGCCAGCUGUCGUUGUUGCCAUCUCCUCAGCAAAUAAAACAUGUAUUGGUUGGGCACUUGCAGCACUAAUCCCUGACCAUUGCGAUCGAUUGUAUCUUGUGUAUCAUCCGAUGCUGCGAAGAAGAUUGAUAAUUUUGAUUUACACAAGAGAUUUUCCCUCUUCUUUUUUUUAAUUUUUUAAAUGAACGAACAUGGCAAUUAACUUUUGUUAUCGUGAAAUAUUAUCUGAACUCACUUGAACUGUCUGUGUCGAAUAAUUGUAGAAGAUCCGACAUGAUUGUCGAAGGUUGAGGUAAAUAUUUAUAAUCCGGCCAUCCCAACGACAUAGUGUCGCUAAAAAAUAAUCGCUAGGAUAAAUCGUCGAUCAAUCGCGUUAGUGUUAACUUAAUAUAAAUAGAGCUAAAAAUUUAACAGUGAGAAAUUGCAGAUUCUUUCACUAUUCAAUCUCAUUAAAAGCAAUGAAGUGAUGAAGAACCUGAAUUAUUACUUUCUCUAAUAUGCUACAUAUAUGCUACAUUAAGUUUUUGCUUGAAGAUGAUUGAUUUCUCGUUGAAUGCGAUCGCGACGAGAAACGAGUUUAAUCUUUUUAUUUGAUAUUAAUAGAAUGUGAACAUACUCAUAGAAUUUGUCGAGAUCUCGUUUAGCUGGAAUCUUCGGCCAUAACAUAGCGUAAGGUAGCGGAUAAUAAUGCAUAUGAUAAUGCUGUAUGUUAGACUUAGGCGGCAGCUUUUUUGUCUUCAGUGAUUCAAUAAACUGUUGCAAAGCC